AUGUCCUCCACGGAAUUUACAUUAGGAAUGCUCUUCAUAUCCCAGACUACAGUUGGGGUCCUGGGGAAUUUCUCUCUUCUUUACCAUCAUAUCACCCUAUACUUCACUGGGUGCAGGUUAAGGUCCACAGACUCUAUUCUCACACACCUGACUGUAGCUAACUUCUUGGUCAUUCUCUCUAAAGGCAUCCCCCAGACUCUGGCAGCUCUUGGAUGGAAAGACUUCCUCAAUGAUUUCGGAUGUAAAUUUAUUUUCUACCUUCACAGAGUGGGCAGGGGUGUGACUAUGGGCAGCACCUGCCUCUUGAGUGUCUUCCAGGCCAUCACCAUCAGUCCCAGGAACUCCAGGUGGGCAAAGCUGAAGCUGAAAGCUCCCAAGUACAUCAGCCCUUCCAACAUCCUCUUUUGGGUCCUACAUAUGCUGGUAAAUAUCUUAGUUCUUUUCUCUUUGACUGGCAAUCGGGACAAGAAAUCCAGCAAAAAGAGAGGAGAUUCAGGAUACUGUUCUUUUGUAUUUAAUGACAUAACCACAUGCUUACUGCAUGUAGCACUGUUUUCAUUCCCUGAUGUUGUGUGUUUGGGGCUCAUGACAUGGGCCAGCGGCUCCAUGGUUUUCAUCCUGUACAGACACAAGCAGCAGGUCCAACAUAUUCAUAGGAACAACAUCUCUGCCAGAUCCUCCCCUGAGUCCAGAGCCACCCAAAGCAUCCUUGUCCUGGUCAGCACCUUUGUGUCUUUUUAUACUGUCUCUUACAUUCUAUCCAUUUGUCUGAUUCUUUUUUAUCCAAGUUGGUGGAUGGUGAACACUGCUACACUAACUUCAGCAUGUUUCCCAACUAUCAGCCCCUUUGUUCUCCUGAGUCAUGACUCCAGGGUCUCUAAGAACUGCCAUGUCUGCACUGAAAAGAAGACACAAUUCUGUCACCUUAUAAAAAAUAUAUAA